UUGAUAAUGCAAUUGUCUCCUGUUUUUACCUUCACGAAUAAGAAGUAGUAGUUUUUAUAAAGGCAUUUUUAAUUAUUAGAAAUUUAUGGUUUCGAUGGCUUCUCCAACCUCAUCCAAUUGCCACAACGAGCAGGUUCUGGUGGAGGAGAACUUGUGUGCGAGAACCUUGAUAUUGAACAGACCUAAACAAUUGAAUGCCCUUUCCUAUCAAAUGAUAUGUGGGCUGCUUGAGCUUUUUCUUACUUUUGAAGAGGAUCCUCAUGUCAAACUGCUCCUUCUCAAGGGAAAUGGAAGAGCAUUUUGUGCUGGUGGUGAUGUUUCUGCUGUGGUUCGUGAUAUCCGUCAAGGUAAUUGGAAAUCAGGUGCCAAGUUUUUUGGGAUGGAGUUCAUUUUAAAUUAUGUGAUGGCAACUUACACUAAACCCCAGGUUUCAAUACUUAAUGGAAUUGUCAUGGGAGGUGGAGGUGGAGCUUCUAUGCAUGGAAGAUUUCGUGUUGCAACUGACAAUUCGGUCUUUGCAAUGCCUGAAACAGCUCUGGGGCUCUUCCCCGAUGUAGGUGCCUCUUACUUCUUGUCGAGACUCCCCGGGUUCUUUGGAGAAUUUGUUGGACUUACUGGUUCUAGAUUGGAUGGUGCUGAAAUGCUUGCAUGUGGACUCGCAACUCAUUUUGUCCCAUUAAGAAGGUUGUCUUUGUUAGAAGAAGCUUUGCACAAAGUAGAUUCAAGUGAUCCAUCUGUUGUUUCUUGCAUUAUUGAUAAAUACUGUCAGCCACCACAUUUGAAACACGAAAGUGCCUAUCACCGGUUGGAUGUCAUUGAUAGAUGUUUUUCUCAGAGAUCUGUUGAAGAUAUUUUAUCUGCUCUUGAGACGGAGGCCAUGAAUAAGGCAGAAGAUGCUUGGAUCUCUAGUACUAUUCAGUCUCUGAAGAAGGCUUCCCCAACAAGUCUUAAAAUUUCUCUUAGAUCGAUUAGAGAAGGAAGGCUUCAAGGUGUUGGUCAAUGCCUUGUUCGUGAGUAUAGAAUGGUAUGCCAUGUAAUGCAAGGAAAACUUAGCAAGGAUUUCUUUGAGGGUUGCAGAGCUAUAUUGUUAGAUAAGGAUAAGAACCCAAAGUGGGAACCUCGUAAAUUGGAGCUCGUGAGUGACAUUAUGGUUGAGCGCUACUUCUCAAAAGUAGAAGAUGGAGAAUGGGAAGAUCUAAAACUUCCUGCUCGGUUCAACUUGCCUGAUUGCGCCAUUGCAAAGCUAUAAACAUUCAUUAGCGAUGUAUUACCGGUGAUCAUAUUUGUUUGGUAGGGAUGAAAUAAAACUCUUUGAAAUCGUUAUGUUUGGUUUAAAUGAAUACCUCAAAAUGUUUUAUCAAUUCGCUAGUCAUCAUGAUAAAUUAUAGGGAAAAGGUAUACCCUUAAUGUACAGAACAAGUCUCUUGUGACUUUUCUUUGAAAACGAAAAAUACCUGUUGUCUAAAGCUGUCGCUGUAUUGCAACAGAGUUGAAUAAUAAAGUUGUAGACUAUUUUUUUCCAUCAA